UAAGUCCUCCAAUUACCCACUGUCGGAUAAUAAACAAACCGUCCAUUGUUUUCCUCUCCUCCGACGACCGCCUCUCAGUUGUUCGGACUCACGAUCACCUGAAAAUCAUGGAUCCGUCGGACCAGAGCUCCGAAUUAUUUGCUUCGUUCCCGCCGAUUCCGUUCACUCUGUUUUUGCCGGAAGAGAACUUCAGCCUCAAUGUUAACCCUAAUUCCGAUACAACGAUCAACACGAGUAUCACUCCAAAUCUAGACCCUAAUAUUGGUUCGAGCCAGUUUUUUCCGUUUCCUGUUCCCAAGAAGCGGAGAAGAGGCAGACCACAACGAAGCGUCACGUCGUUUAAUUUCCCUCCCUUUCCCAUCGGAGGUUUCAAUGGCAACAAUGGCAACAACGGGAACAACGGCAACAAUGGCAACAACGGCAACAACGGCAUCGUUUCCUCCUCUUCUUCAGCUUCUGUACCGGCAGCCAGAACUAGCACUGAAAGUUCUAGUGCUAAUGUUCCAGAUGUGGCCGAUGAGAUUAUCGUGAUUAAUAAAGAAUCCACUGCCGAGGCCUUACUUGCGCUGUCGGCCGGAUUUCCUGCUGAUCACUUAACGGAGGAUGAAAUUGAUGCUCGGGUGGUCUCUGUUAUCGGAGGUAUUGAACAGGUGAACUAUAUUAUCAUUCGGAAUCACAUUAUUGCUAAGUGGCGUGAGAAUGUGUCGAAUUGGGUGACUAAGGAGAUGCUUAUUGAUUCUAUACCUACACACUGUCAUACUUUACUAGACACUGCUUAUAAUUACUUGGUUUCACAUGGCUAUAUUAAUUUUGGGGUUGCUCCUGCAAUCAAAGAAAAGAUUCCUUCCGAACCAUCUAAGCCCAAUGUAAUUGUGGUCGGCGCGGGACUGGCAGGGCUUGCUGCCGCUAGGCAACUGAUGCGUUUUGGCUUUAAAGUGACUGUUCUGGAGGGCAGGAAGCGAGCAGGCGGGCGGGUGUAUACGAAGAAGAUGGAGGGAGGAAAUAGGGUAUGUGCAGCUGCAGAUUUAGGUGGGAGUGUUUUGACUGGUACCUUGGGAAACCCACUUGGGAUUAUGGCUAGACAAUUAGGUUAUUCUCUUCAUAAGGUUAGAGAUAAGUGUCCACUUUAUAGGCUGGGCGGGAAGCCCGUGGAUCCUGAUAUGGACUUGAAGGUGGAAACUGCAUUUAACCAUCUUUUGGAUAAGGCAAGUAUGCUGAGGCAGUCAAUGGGUGAGGUCUCUGUCGACGUUUCUCUCGGUGCAGCACUGGAAACGUUCUGGCAGGCUCAUGAGGAUGCAGUUAAUAGUGAAGAGAUGAACUUGUUCAAUUGGCAUCUUGCUAAUCUAGAAUAUGCAAAUGCGGGUUUGCUAUCGAAGCUUUCACUUGCAUUCUGGGACCAAGACGAUCCGUAUGACAUGGGAGGGGAUCAUUGCUUCUUGGCUGGGGGCAAUGGAAGGUUGAUUCAAGCACUGGCUGAAAAUGUUUCAAUUUUAUAUGAGAAAACAGUUCACACCAUUAGAUACAGUAGUCAUGGUGUGCAGGUUAUUGCUGGAAACCAGGUCUUUGAAGGUGAUAUGGCUUUGUGUACUGUACCUCUGGGCGUUUUGAAGAGUGGUUCUAUUAAGUUCAUCCCAGAAUUGCCUCAGAGGAAGCUGGAUGGAAUAAAGAGGUUGGGUUUUGGACUGUUGAAUAAGGUUGCUAUGCUCUUUCCCCGUGUGUUUUGGGAAAUGGAUCUUGAUACCUUUGGGCAUCUGUCUGAUGAUCCAAGCCGUCGAGGAGAGUUCUUUCUAUUUUACAACUAUGCAACUGUUGCUGGCGGUCCUCUGUUGAUAGCCUUGGUUGCAGGUGAAGCUGCACAUAAGUUUGAGAGCAUGCCCCCUACAGAUGCUGUGACCCGGGUUAUUGAAAUUCUUAAGGGUAUCUAUGAACCCCAAGGAAUUGAUGUCCCAGAGCCUAUUCAAACAGUCUGUACUAGAUGGGCUAGCGAUCCAUUUAGUCUCGGCUCUUACUCAAAUGUUGCGGUGGGGGCAUCGGGUGAUGACUACGACAUUCUAGCAGAAAAUGUGGGAGAUGGAAGACUCUUCUUUGCUGGUGAGGCAACUACGAGGCGAUAUCCAGCAACUAUGCAUGGAGCGUUUCUCAGUGGACUAAGAGAAGCAGCCAAUAUGGCCAACUACGCCAAUGCUCGAGCUUUGAGGCUGAAGAUUGAUAGAGGCCCUUCCAAAAAUGCACACUCUUGUGCUUGUCUUCUUGCAGAUCUAUUUCGAGAGCCAGAUUUAGAAUUCGGAAGCUUCUCUGUCAUUUUUGGUCGAAAGAAUGCUGACCCGAAGUCAACAGUCAUUCUAAGGGUGACAUUUAAUGAUUCACAGAAGAAGAACCAUGAAGGUUCAAACUCAGAUCAACAGCACACAAAUAAGUUGCUUUUCCAACAACUUCAGUCACACUUUAGUCAACAGCAACAGCUUCAUGUUUAUACAAUGUUGUCGAGGCAACAGGCCCUCGAACUCCGAGAGGUGCGAGGGGGCGAUGAAACGAGGUUGAAUUACCUCUGUGAGAAGCUAGGAGUGAGACUAGUAGGAAGAAAAGGUCUGGGUCCUAAUGCUGAUUCUGUAAUUGCUUCCAUUAAAGCUGAGAGGGGGAAUAAGAAACCUUCCUCAACUUAUUUGGCUCUCAAAACAGGGACAUCGAAGAUGAAAACGAGCACUCUGAAGCGAAAUGUAGUCAGGAGGGCCAAAAUAGUGAGAAGCAGUACCAAGGUAGCAGAUGCUCCUGUUUCAAACACAUCGAACGAUCGAGUAUUGGAGAACAUUAAACCGAUGGAUCAAGACUCCUCCGCAGCCCUUCGUUCAGAUCAAAACCAACAUGACAUUUUGAAGCAAUGAGUAGAUUUCUCCUCAGACUCUCUACCAUCGACACGAUUAACCGUUAAAAAGGCAACUUCUUUGUUCCAGCCAGACAACGAAACCAUCAAAACAUAGAUCCCUUGCAAUAACACGGCUGGAACGUAUGUCUUAACCAAUUGAGCUCGGUAAAACUGAAAUUACUGACCCGAAAAUAGUAUUACCUGAGCCAUGACCUGUAGAUGCUGAGCUUGUUUUACUGAGAAAAAGCUUCAGCACCUGUUCACAGUGGAAUCAGCACCUUCUGAGCGGAUCUGCAUCAUUUUUAUUUCCAAAGCAACGUAUAAUGGACUUUCAUGUGAUAUUGGGUGACAAAGGUUUUGAAUUAUUUACUUCAAAGUUGAUUGUUAGAAUUUUCACUUAGAGCAAAGUUGCUCUAUGCUCAGUAAAUAUUACUGCAGCCAAAUGUGUACUCUGCUAUAACAGAAAGAGGGUAGAAUUGUUAGCUUUAGUUUAAUGAAGACAGAUUGCGUAAUAUAAUUGACGAUUUCACUUAUUA